CUUUAAUGAGUUGCCAAAUUUAAAUCAAGAAAAACGUGGAGACUGGUAGGGCCCUUUUUUCUCUCUUUCUUUCUCUCUCUGUCUUUCUCUCUUUUUUUUCUUCUUGACAAAGAAAUGACUAACAAGAAUAACUUUGCUUAUGAGAUACGAUUUCUAGAUGAUAAGGUAAGGAAGAAAUAUUAAAUAUGCUUUUAUUCAUGCAUAUGAUUAGGUAGUCCAAAUUUACGAUAUUGCAGCAAAAAGACAACAACAAGUAGAUGCGGCUGCUCUACUACCAACAGAAUAUAAAGAGGAGGAUGUUAUUAAGGGCCAACUUCGAUAUUCAAAAUUAGUUGGAAGUACACCUUCUAGCCAUCCAAAAGACCCUUUUGGACAAGAAGACAGUGGAGAGCCUUAUCAACACAUUGUAGUGACAAAAAGAAGUAAAGAUAGGAAGUCUACUCAACGACAUACUUUUUUCGGUAUGGGAGGAGGAGGAGGAGGAGGAAGUUAUUAUGACUUUGAUGAUGAAUUGGCUGAAGAAAAAGAUAUGCAUUCUGUAUCACAACAAGACUCAUCUAAAACCAAUCAACUAAACUUGUCGAUCCAGUCACCUAUACAUUCACCUGUUCACUCACCUAUUAACUCGCCAAUUGAAUUAACUAAAGACUCGCCUACUCACUCACUUAUUGAAUCAGCUCGACACUCACUUGCUUACUCCUCUACCCAUUCAUCUAUUGAGUUGAACAGACACUCGCAUGUUGAUUCACUUAUUAAUUCGCCAACUAAACACUCAUUUGACAGUUCACCUAUUGACUCGAUUACUGAGUCAAUCAAACGCUCACUUGAUAAGUCAACUAUUAAUUCAUCAAUUAGGUCAACUAAACACUUGUCUGUUGACUUGCCUGUUAACUUACCUAUGGAUUCAUCUAAUAUUUUACCUCAAUCUACUCCUAUUUCUAUUAACAAUACUAAUUCUGCAUCUAUUCGAUCGCCUAUUUCUUCUCCAACUACGGAUCUUUCUUCACAUCCUAAUGCGACAUCAGAAAAAGAAGAGUCAGUCAUUCAAUUGCCGCCAUCAGCUGUUUCAAGGUCAAGCAUUUCACCCUACAAAAGCAAUAGAAUGACGUCAAAUCAUAUACCAGAACAACUCAAUUAUGCUGAAGACGAGUAUGCAAGUAUGACCAUCAUUGAAUCCAAUACAGAUGAUAGUAAAAGACAUAUACGAUCUUCUUUUAAACAAGAAAAAAAGCCAGCACCAAAAGAAGGAUGUUGUUGCAUUAUUUGCUAGAAAACACACACACACACAACCAUGUAAACUAAUUUAUUCUAUUGUAAUUACUCUUUCUUAUCUGGACAAUAAAAUGACAAAUAUACUGAUAAAUGGA